AGUAGUCUAGCAACCUACUACCACCACGACUCGCUCGUCUUCCCGCGAGGCGAGUGGCAAUGGCGAGCGGCAUCCACGCGAAGAGGAGGAAGCGGCGGGGCUCGGCUCCACGCCGGCGCGCGGGCGAGUGCAGCGGCCGGGUCAGUUUCGUCUGCUCCCCUUCCCAAAUUCCCAACCAAUCCCAACACCCCCAACACUCAAUCAGACGCGGGUUUGAUUUUUCUUCCUGCCCCACAUUUCGCGCCGCCACGUACCCGCGUUGACCCAACGGUGACCAAGAUUUGGUUGGGUUUCUUCUUCCUUCUCUCCGCCUCUUGGCGCGCCUCCUCCUCCAAAUCCCUUUCGCUGCGCGGCGCGGAAGAAGACGGAAGGCGGCGGCGGAGCGGGUUCCGUUCUUGGCCACGGCGUCAGGAAGCGUUCUGCAAUCGCAGUAAGCGUCAAGCAGAUUGUUGAAAAAGGGGGUUCUCUGUUUCUGAUGAGAGUACUUCGAUAUUUGCAGACCCGUCGAAGUAUGCAAUUUUUAUUGAUAAGAUGCAAAUUACUGCCAGCGUCAAGCAAGUUUGUUUGCAGAAAGCAGUUAAUUGGCACCUCGUUUGUUCUUGCUUGAUGUAGCAACAAACGAUUGCUUGGCGCUUCAUUGAUUCUGCGCGAGAAAAGGGCAAGAGAUGGAUGGGAAUGGGAUCAUGGCGAGCGCCGUGACAGGGGUGAUGAAUUCUCUCCUCACCAAGCUCGCUGCGCUGCUGGGAGAAGACUACCAGAUGCAGAAGGGAAUGAGGCGUGAGAUAGCCUUCCUGAAGGAUGAGCUGAGCAGCAUGAACUCUCUCCUCGAGAGGCUGGCCGACACGGAGGCGCUCGACCCACAGACGAGGGAGUGGAGGAACCAGGUGAGGGAGAUGACCUACGACAUUGAGGAUUGUGUUGACGAAUACAUGCGCCAACUACGCCAUGAGCCACAGAGGCCUAGUGGAGUCAUGGGAUUCUUCCUAGGCUAUGUGCAGAAAGUGAAGGAGCUUGUUACACGCCAUGAGAUCGCUGAGCAGAUUCAAGAGCUUAAGGCUCGCAUUGUUGAGGCAAACCAUAGAAGGAAGAGGUACAAGCUUGACUCUGCAGUAAAUUCUGGUAGAACCAGCAUGGUUCCUGUUGACCGUCGGUUGCCAGCACUCUAUGCGGAGUUGGGGGACCUUGUCGGUAUCAAUGGUCUGAUAAAUGAGCUCAUCAAGUUAGUGGAUGAUCGGGAGCAGAUGGUGAAGGUGGUGUCAAUUGUGGGGUGUGGAGGAUUAGGAAAGACUACACUUGCUAAUCAGGUUUACAGAAAAAUUGCCAAGCAAUUUGAUUGCCAAGCUUUUGUGUCGUUGUCCCAAAAUCCUGACAUGGGGAUGAUCUUUCGGUCCAUAGUAUCGCAAGUCAAGAAGGAUGAGUGUGACAGCACCAGCUCAUGUGAUAAGGAACAGCUCAUCAAUGAACUGAGGGAUUUCUUAAAAGACAAGAGGUAUUUUAUUGUAAUUGAUGACAUAUGGAGCACCCAAGCAUGGAAGAUAGUUAAAUGUGCUUUGCUUGAGAAUACUUGUGGCAGUAGAAUAAUAGUGACAACAAGAAUUGGUACUGUUGCCAAGUUAUGUUCCUCCCCUCGCCACGAUCUUGUAUAUGAUUUAAGCAUGCUAAGUGAAGAUGACUCUAAAAGCCUAUUCUUCAGAAGAAUUUUUGGCUCUGAGGAUAAAUGCCCUCACCAACUGAAAGAGGUUUCAAUUGGAAUAGUUAGGAAGUGUGGUGGUUUACCAUUGGCAAUCAUUACUAUGGCUAGUUUGUUGACUACUAAAUCAUACGCGAGGACUGAGUGGGUAGAGGUUUGCAAUUCAAUUGGUUCAGGACUCGAAAAAAAUUGGGAUGUGGAGGAAAUGAACAUGAUAUUAUCUCUGAGUUAUAAUCAUCUUCCUCGUCAUUUAAAGACUUGUUUGUUGUAUUUAAGUAUGUUUCCAGAAGAUUAUGUGAUCAAUAGGGAUUAUUUGGUAAGAAGGUGGGUAGGAGAAGGAUUCAUCAACUUGCAUGGUGGACGAAGUUUAGAGGAUGAAGGGGAAUGCUACUUUAAUGAACUUAUAAACAGAAGCUUGAUCCAACCAGUAGAUUUCCAGUAUGAUGGUAGAGUAUAUGCAUGUCGGGUGCAUGAUAUGAUUCUUGAUCUCAUUGUAUGCAAGGCAGUUGAAGAAAAUUUUGUCACUGUCCUUACUGACAGAAAACAAAUGUUGGUCUCACAAGACAAGGUUCAUCGACUCUCACUAGGCCACCAUGGUCAAGAAAAUGUGAUAGCAUAUUCCAUGGUUCCCACUCAUGUUCGAACUCUGAACAUAUUUAGAUACUCUGAACAAAUGCCUCUUUCAGACUUUCGGGCCCUGAGAGUGCUUGAUCUAGAUGGUAAUGAGAAUUUGGAAAACAGUUAUCUUGAAGAUAUAGGGAAGUUAUUUCAUUUGAGAUACCUAAGGAUUAAAGCAAGUAAUAUCACACUUCCAGAACAGAUAGGAGAGCUGCGGUUUUUGGUAAUACUCGAUCUUCUAAACUGUCCUGGUCUAAGUGAACUUCCUGCAAGUAUUGUUAAACUUAGGCAUUUGAAAUGGUUAAUUGCUCCUCCUGUGAACUUGCCAGAUGGAGUUGGGAACAUGCAAGCUCUAGAGUUUCUUUCACUUAUAGUUGUGGACUACACUACCUCAAUAACCUUGUUACAAGAGCUGGGCAGCUUGACCAAAUUGAGAACUCUUGGAUUGGAUUGGCGCAUCAGUGCCCUGCACAGGGAUAGAAAAACAUAUGCGGAUAAUUUUGUUUCGUCGCUUGACAUACUUGGCAGGUCCAACCUUCAAUAUUUAACACUCAUCAGUCCCUGGUCACUAGACUUCUUGUUGGAUUCUUGGUCCCCACCGCCUCACCUCCUUCAGGAAUUAGGGAUCAAAGGAUGGUAUCUCAGUAACAUUCCAGUAUGGAUGGCCUCACUGGCCAACCUCUCCUACCUUGAUAUUGAGGUUAAAAUGAGACAGGAAACACUCCAGAUCCUCGGGGAUUUCCCUGCCUUACAAUUCCUGAAGUUAUGCUCAAACCCAGCAGGCCCCGUAGAAAGGUGCCUUGUCGUCAGCAACAAUGGAUUCCAAUGUCUGAAGAAGUUUAGCUUUGUCGGUUGGGUAAAUCUGAUGUUUGAAGAACGAGCCAUGCCAAUGCUUGAAACCCUUGAAUUUCAAAUCAUAGCACAUGCGGUACAAACUGCAUGCGGAAUUGGACCCCCCGAUCUCGGCAUCUGCCACCUCUCCGCCCUCAGGAACCUCGUUGUCAAUGUUCACUGUGAAGGUGCAAGGAUUGAAGAGGUGGAGGCGUUAGAGGCUGCUAUCCGAAUUGGAACCAGCAUGCUUCCUAACCAUCCUAAACAUGCUUUACACAGAUUUGGUGUUGCAGAGAUGGUAACAAAUGAUGCAGGAAUAGAGAAGCAGGGCCACGAGGAGGACAAGAAGCACCUUUCUGCCCCGGCCUGGUUCUUCAACAUGUCAGGGCCACGAGGAGGUCGAGAAACAACUUUGAACCCCGGCCUAGUUCUUCUUGAAGACGUCUAAUUAAGAUAUUGAAAUGAGGUCAAUAAUCAGGACAGCAGGAAGAUCCAACCUGAACUCGGACUGGUUUGUUCAAUCAGAAUUGGAGUGCAAGACUUCAUUCUGAAAUCUCAUUGGUUUGUCGGAAGAACCCUUGUGGGGGUGGCAUUACCCAGCAAGUCCUGUUAUAUCACAUCAAUAUUGUUGCAACGCAAACAGUCUUUUUUAUCUAGUGCUUAUAUGAUCAUAAAUUUUUGUAUAGAGUUCUGCAUGUUCACAUGUUCCAACAUGCAGGACAUCACAGAAUUAUUUGCGAAUGUUUUGAAGUGCACAGCCGUUGGGCUAGCAUUCCAUUAAGCUUGGGCUGUUUUAGAACUUGCUCCAUAGAUUUGCUUGGGCUGACCUAGCAUUGUUUUUUGUUCCUGGAAAAAAAAUGAAGUUUAUAUAAUUAGUUAAGCAUUA